UGGUGACUGCGGGAGGCUUCACGUAAAAAAAAAAUCUCACCCGCGACGAAAUUUGGAUUUACGGAGCUUACCUUUUCGUUCAGGUGUCGUGGUAAAGGUGUUUAUACCUGGCGCCUCCCCGCUCGCGUCUCCUGUCUCUCUCUCGCGCCCGGAGUUAGUGUAGUAGUGUAGUUUUGAGCGUGUUUUGAGCUGUUGGUGUUCAGAUGACGGCGCAGGUAGAUUACCUGGUGGUGCUUUUCACCGCCACAUCUGGCGCGAGCGGAGAGCUGCUGGGGUCCGACGAAAAAGAGCUCGUGCAGUUGGUUUGGCAGCUCGUGGAUGUAAAGAACAAACAGUUGGGCAAGGUGAAUGAGCUCCUCAUCAAGCCCGAACUUUCAGACUUGACAGAAGAAAAAGAGAAGGAGGUGGAGGAUGUUGUGGAGGAGAGUGUGGAAGAGAACACUGCCUCUGGAGCAGACUGUGUCUCUACAGCCACAAGUCUUGAGACAGCUUUAAAUCUGUUUCAUUUACAAGUGACAAACGAGGUGAACAGCACGGGUGCAGGCACGUCAUUGUGUUUGUGUACAGACGGGCAGCUUCACAUCCGUCAAGUGAUUCACCCCGAGGCCGCGAGCAAGAACAUACUGGUCCCAGACUGUUUCUACUCUUUCUUUGACCUCCGAAAGGAGUUCAAGAAGCACUUCCCCACAUCUGACCUCAAGACUCUGAAUGUAUACACCAUGGCAGAGUCCCUUAGUAUACCCGUCGAUGUGCCCACCAUGUGGGAUCCCUCAGCCACGCUGGAUCCAUCAGCCGCCAUGCCUGCAGAAGUAGCCGUGCAGCAGGUGCAGCUUAUGGGCAGUGUGGCCCUCGCACUGCUUUCUGAGCCAUUUAACCACAGUCUUUCUAAUGCGGAAAGAGUUAAUGAGAAGUUUGAGAGCGGCACAUGCAGUAAGAUGGAGAAGGUGUGCGACAACACGGUGAUCAGAGCCAGAGGGUUGCCGUGGCAGUCGUCUGACCAGGACAUCGCGCGAUUCUUCAGAGGCCUCAACAUCGCCAAAGGAGGGGCUGCGCUCUGUCUUAAUGCUCAGGGGAGGAGGAAUGGAGAAGCUCUUGUUCGUUUUGUCAGUGAAGAACACCGAGACCUGGCGCUACAGAGACACAAGCACCAUAUGGGCAACAGAUACAUAGAGGUUUAUAAAGCAACAGGAGAGGACUUCUUGAAGAUAGCAGGAGGUACCUCCAAUGAGGUAGCGGUGUUCCUGUCCCGUGAGGACCAAAUAAUCGUGAGGAUGCGGGGCCUCCCGUUCACCGCGACACACGAGCAGGUACUCGCCUUCUUCUCGCCGGAGGACGAUCUGAAGGAGACGUGUCCCGUCAGCGGGGGAAAGGAUGGCAUCCUGUUUGUGCGCUACCCAGAUGGACGUCCAACUGGUGAUGCGUUUGUGCUAUUCGCCUGUGAGGAACACGCUCAUUGUGCUCUGAAGAAACACAAGGAGAUCCUGGGGAAGAGAUACAUUGAGCUGUUUAAGAGCACGGCAGCGGAGGUGCAACAGGUGUUGAACCGCUACUCCUCAGCCCCCCUGAUCCCUGUGGCCCCCGCUCCCCUGAUGACGAUGUUGCCCACAAUGUCUCUCCUGCCCUCUCCUGGUGGGAUACGAGACUGCCUCAGGCUGAGGGGGCUGCCUUACACGGCGAGCAUAGAGGACAUCCUCACCUUCCUGGGCGAGUUUACACACGACAUCAGACCGCAUGGUGUGCACAUGGUCCUAAACCAGCAGGGCCGUCCAUCUGGUGACUGCUUCAUCCAGAUGACUUCGGCAGAGCGAGCGCUCCAGGCCUCGCAGCGGCUGCACAAGCACAUCAUGAACAGCCAGCGCGGGGCCAAUAGCCGCUACGUGGAGGUGUUUCCCUGCAGCGCCGAGGAGAUGGGCCUCGUGCUGAUGGGAGGCUCGCUUUCACACAUGCACUCACACACACACACCAGGAGCAGGAGUGGGACGGGGCUCAGCCCGCCGCCAUGUAAGUCCAGACGUUUAUCCCCUCCAUCCUACUCCUUCGCCCCCGUUCCACCUGUCCUGCCUACAGAGGCUGCUGCUGCCCUUUACCCUCCCUUCGGGCAGGUUUUGCUGGCCCCUCGCCCUCUGCCACCAGGACAUCACUACUACCCUGCCUCAGCUCAGUUAUACAUGAACAUGAACUACACAGCCUACUACCCAAGCCCACCUGGCUCACCCAACACCUUAGGUUUCUACCCUUCCCCCUCCUCUCUCUCCUCACCGGGAGGUUUGGUUCGCAUGCCCAGCCUGACCUACAACAGCAACGGAGUGAAGGACAUCAUGAGCGCCAUGCAGGGAUACCAGUAUGCUCCCGAGGAUGCUCUCAUGCACCCCCACGGGCCCGUGCACGCUCAAGACCAGGCCAGGACAUUGCUAACACAGCCCAAAGAAUGGGGUCCAGCAGAGUCUCUCCUGAGCAGCAGUCUGAUUGGUCAGUCCAGUGCAGGUGACACUCCCCUCAUGUCCCUCCCAGCUCUCAUGGCCAAGCCAGGGGGGCAGUACCUGGAUCUGACCCUGCUGUAGGGUCACGCAUAUACAAAGGUCAUGUGACAUUUUGGUAUAUGUCAAAGACUUGUUAGAUUUUUUUUUUUUUAGUCUUUUAGAUGUUAUUUAUAACUUUAGGACAGAAAUUAUUGUAUUUUAUACCAAAUUUGUUGUGGCGUUGGCCAAAAAAAUAGCAUUUUUGUCUUAUAUUGCACAAUGUGUAUUUUAAAAGCUUUAUAGAGAUUUUAUAACCUGUUAUAAUAUAAUCAUUAUGAUAUAUUUGAUAGCCAAACUAGAGAAGAAUGUCAUAGAAACUGAGCUAAAACUUUUCCUUAAGCUUUUCUGUGAAGAGUGAACUUGUGUGUGUACGAAUGUGAAAGUGAUGAGAAUGAGUAUUAUGCAUGUCUGUGUCGACGGAUUCUAUCACAUUUUACUUUUAUAUUCAUUUGAUACAGUACACAGUGAUUGUAUUGGAAGCUUUAGUGCAUGAAGAAGUCAGUAGUAAAACUUUUAAGAUGUUUACAUAAUGCCAAAUAUAAAUGCACUGCUAAUCAACAAAUAAAAAAAAAAGAUAAUACUACUAAUGAAUAUAACAGCAGUAUAUUUGAAAAUGUUACACUGUGAGUUUGUCUGAGUCUGAUUCUUGUAUCAGGCUUCACUUACAUAAAUGUGACAUCUCACGCUUGCCUCGCCCCGUGCUUUCCUCCUGGAUGUGCCCCGUUGGGGUAUGUCUCCACGUUGCAGUAUGUCAGUUUCGUCUUGCCUUUUGUUUUGAACUCACCUGAACUGAGAGCAGCCCCAGUUCCCUGUAAUUUAACCAUAUAGGUUUGCAUUCUCAAGUCACAGGGUCUCAGCUUACCCAGUGAAUCUCAGGACCCUGAAGUGGUUUGUGGCCAAGAUGAAUAUAUAUAUAUUAUUCAAGAUUUAUUCGUCCCUCAUGCUUACCUCGUCCUCUUUUCAUCAGUUACACUGAUCAUGAGUGUGAGAUUGAACGAUCUGCACGCAGUAGUUCUUUCAGACCUGCUUCUCUGUAGAUCACCCAGAAAUUUGAAAGAGGAAGGAAGGGACGACGGACGUGCGCGUCAUUUGUCUCGUUCCACGAAUUGACCACGUCUGCCAUGAAAAGUUCCCGUUUGUGCUCCUUGUUUCUGUACACGUCUCCUGCAGCUGUGCUGAAACCACAAUAAACAUGAGACGGGACAUUUGACGGCCCCCAGCUGUUUGAGUUGACUGUUUGUGUCCUGAGCGU